AUGUACCUGAACGGAGCGGACGCGCUGUACAUGUGUUACGCGGCGACGUGUUCGACGCUCGGCGUGGCCUUCAACGGAUUCCUGCUCUACCUGAUCCUCUUCCGAAGCCCGCCGUUCCUCUCGCCCUACACCGUCUUUCUGGCCAACACCUGCAUCACUCAGCUCUGCUACUCGCUUUCUUUCGUCCUCACGAUCCCGAGGUGAGUGGUUCACUCUGCAAUUGGUAUGAGAUGGGUACUUGAAGAGUCAUCGCUAUAAACUUCCGGAUAGUGAACAUCUACCUGGGAGUGACGCAGUUCCUCGGACCGUGGUGGUGUUAUAUGCUUUUUGUUGUUUUGUGUAAGUCAAUAUGGAGUCUGAAAAUCAUCUUCUCCGGAAUUACAGUGCAUUUCGCAGUCAACUCGUUCAUCUCCAUAAUGAUGUCGAUGAUAUUUCGGUGUCUGGCCUUAAAAACCCUCCGUUUUCCUUUAUCAGCUGCUCUUUUUAUUUGUCUUUUGGGCUACCUGAUCCCUUUCAGUAUGGUGGUAAGCCGAUUUUAUCUUCUUGACGAAUCGAACUUUUCAAGGCGUUCGUAGGCGAUAUAGAUUAUACAUCUGAUGUCAUCACUAACGAAAACUACACGGGCGGUCUGGUCGAUGACGUCGAAAACUAUCUGACUGUUGUGGGAACUGACGUCACUCAGGUUAUUUUACCGCAUCUUUUCUUGUUUCUCCUAAGGUCAAUUAUUCAUCAAGGCCGAACAGGUAGAACAAAGGUGAUAAAAAAAGGCUUAACAAGCCAACUUAGGACUCCUGACUCCUUAUUCUAGACAAUCUCUCUUUCUUUACUGGAAUUUUUUCCUAUGAUUCAAAUACCGAAAUAUACUUUUUCGUGUCAACUGAACCGAUUCUAGAAAGUUCAUAAUUAGAAAUUGAAUGAGCGGGUUCAAUUAACCACACUGAAACUUCAGAAGUCGACAGUGUGGGUGGCGUUCUGCAUGACAGGGCUCCAGGUUCCGAUCUACGCCGUCAUGUUCUACUGCCGUUCGCGGAUUCUGAAGAUGCUCGAGAGGCCGUCCUACCUGUGCAGCAACUCCACUACCAACCACAUCCGACGACUGGUUCGAGUAUGCGAUGAAUUCUCGUUUUCCGGAGAAAGUUCUGCUUCAGGCCCUGACCGUGCAGUCAUUGGUACCUCUCUUCACGAUUUUCCCCUCUUCUAUCAUUUAUGUCCUGACGCAAGUCGGAAUUAUUGAGACUCACUUGUACAGCUAUUUUGUCAUCUCCUUCAUGAGUCUCAGUGAGUUUACUCAAAUCGAAAAAUUCACAAAAAGAUCUUCAGAUACCGUAGUAGACCCACUGGUAACCAUUUACUACGUGCAGCCCUAUCGCAAGUUCGUUUUGGACUUCCUCAGUGACGACGACCGGUCUUCUCCCCACCUAUCAGCUUUUGAAAGAUCCAGAUCUCGAUCAUCCGUUUUCUUGAGAAAGCCUAGCCUCAUUUAG